AUGCGCGCGCGUCGAGGCGUGCUGUGGUGCUCCGCCGCGGCCCUGGGCGCGGCGGCGAGCGAUGCGACGCUCUGGACCGUAUCUACACGAGGCUUCGAGACGACCUGCAAAGCACCGGAACUCGACGCCGCCCUCGCGCGGGCCGCCUCUGUAAAAGCCACGCUCACGGCGACGGCGCCGGCUCACAUCACGACGGGCGCCGACUGGUACGCGGCGUCGGGCGCGGCGGAGGCUGUGGAUCGAUUUUUGACGACGCGUUUGGAGUAUGUGAUAGCCAGAGAACCCUUUGAUGGCGGCAAUGUCGUGGAGCUGCGCUACGAUAGUAGAGAGGUGCAGCUCGCGCAGUUGUGGCGGCGGCACCAGUUCGAGCGCGCGGACGCUUGUAAAAAGGUCGUCACGCUGGGCCAGCUGGCCACGCUCGGCGCCACAUUAAACAAGUACGACCACGUCGGCAUGGACACGCUGAGGCGGGGGUUUUCCGUGCAGCACCCUUUGUCAACAAAGGGCUGGUACAUGGCCGACCACGACGCGAACUUUUGUGGGGCGGCGCGCGGCCGCUGGGAGUGCUUCUUUUUACCUUGGAAUAAUUGCGGGACCCAUGGGAAAGUCGAGGCGGCUCUGCAGGGUCCCACGUCCGCCGCAGCCUCAAAACUGCUGGGGAGCUCGUCGGCGUUUUCUGGAAGGGCCCUGGUGGCCGUCGAGGAGAACGAUGCGGAAGUGUUCCUCUGCGACCGCAAGGAGCCGUCCCACGCGAAGUGUCCGCCCCACACGAACGCCCACGGGAGCUCCUCGAAGCUCGUCUUCCCCGGGGGCGCCGGCGAGCACUGGGAUUCCGAUAGACGGCUGGCGCUGCUGCACAAAGCGCUGUGGCACCGGCCCGCGUUUCGGUUGAGACGGGCCAUCGCUCUCGAGAAGCGGCCCUUUGCGGAUGAUACGUCGUUAGUAGACGCGCAGUCGACGGGGAAGUGUGCGUUCGUGUAUAUGCGCCACGGGGACAAGCUGUACGACCGGUGGGUCCGCACGCACAAGACGCGGAGCUUCGUCGUGGACUUCCAUCGGUACGCGGCGGAGGCCGUGGCGUUAUUGGAAGGUCUGUUCCACACGGGGGGACCCUACCAGCUCCUCGCGUUGAGUGACGACGGCGACGUGCGCGAGGACGCGCAAAACCUGGGCCCCUCCGUCAAGGCGCGCGUCGCGCCGGCCACGGGCAUCGUUUCUGCGCAUUGCCGACGGGAGGGUAUGGACAAUUUACUAAAGCCGGUCCCGCGCAACGUGAGCUGCUCGUCGAAAUCGGGCGAGCGCCUCUCGGGGCAUUUUAGAAGAGGCCCGCGGGAACUCGCUAGAAUCUACGCGUCGUUGGAACUCUCCGCACCAUGCGACGCCGUCGUGCACAACUACGAGUCCAGCUUCGUGCGCGUUUUAUAUAGAGACGCCUGCGCGCGGCGCGCCGGCAAGUGCCCCUACACGUUCAGCUUCGGCAACGCGCGGUCGCCCAUGGACGAAAAGGCCGACGAGAGGCUGGGCCGCACCUGCACGCAGCCGCCGACGCCCGAGGCCGUCCGCAAGGAGUUCAGCUUCGCGGCGCGGAGCUGCGUGCCGCCGGCGCCGGUGCUGCCGGGGAUCAGCUACUGGGGCGACGCGGCGGCGGCGUUCUUCGGGCGGAUGGAAAGGGAGGCUUCGUCGGAGCCGGUUGCCGCGACGGACAAGGUUGCGCGAGGGGGUUCUUAG